AUGGAUGUUCAGAAGAUCGUCUCAAGUUUCGAAGCUGAUGAUAUUGCCUUUGUAAGGUUUGAGCAGACUGAUCUGUAUGGCAUUGCCAGAUCCAGGACGAUCCCCGCCCGACAUUUCAAGGAGAAAGCUGUGAAGGGACUCCACUUUAAAGGCCAUCUAGGAUAUGAUCCCCAGACUAACUUUAUAGGGAACAGCGCUUAUUCUGCAGGUGUAGGUAAGUUUGAUGCUGUCUGUUUCCCAGACCUUGAUACCUACCAAGUGCUGCCUUGGAGCAAGAGAACUGCUCGGAUUCUGAUUGAGCCAACGUACAAAGGAAAGUUAGUUGAGGCCCAACCAAGGGUGGUUGCAAGGAGACAACUGGACAAGCUGACAGAGAUGGGAUAUUCUUUGAUGUCAGCGCAUGAGCAUGAGUUCUAUUUAGUGGAGAAGGAAUCUCGGAAGACCAUCGACGAUGUUGUCAACGUCAGGUCUACGGUUCGCCUGGCUGCAUGUGAAGAUAUAGUGUAUACUUUUUUGGAUGGGUUAGCAGGUGUUGGGGUCGACGUUGAAUGUGCAGAGACUGAACACAGCCCUGGGCAAUUAGAGAUCACCUACAAACCAGCGUUUGGGAUCCGAUCAGCAGACAACGCCCAUACUUACAAGACAGGGAUCAAAGAGAUGGCUGUAAAGAAUGGCUUCAUAGCCACCUUUAUGUCCAAACCUUACCCUGACGUGAGUGCAUCCGGUUGUCAUUUCUGUCAUUCUUUAUGGGACAGUCAAGGUAAGACGCCUCUCCUCUACGAUGCCAGCAGUCAUACAGGUCUGACACUGGUCGGCGAACACUGGGUUGCAGGCCUCCUUGAGCACACCCCAGCAAUCUCUUUGCUCAUGGGACCAACCAUCAAUUGCCUGAAGCGAUACCUCGAGGCCUUUACUCCAUCCAAUGCAACAUGGGGCAUAGAUAAUCGCUCAUGUGCUGUGCGAGUGAAACUCAAUGGCAACGAGGGUACCUACCUUGAGAACCGACUGGGGGCCAGUGGCUGCAAUCCUUACAUCGCACUAGCUGCUAUCGUGGCUGCAGGUAUGGAUGGUAUCAACAGGAAGCUCCCAUUACCACCUUGUGUAAAAGACAUAGAUAAUGCAUACAACCCAGUGCACAUCCCGCCGGGCACUGCAAACGUCCCAACCAAUAUGAAGGAAGUUAUGGAAACGCUCCAGAUGGAUGAUGUCAUUACUUCAGCUCUUGGGGAAGAGUUUAUAGAUUGCUUCUUGGCUGCAAAGAGACAUGAGAUUCUUUUGCAAGAAAACAAUGAAGAAAAUUGGGAACAAAAUCUCUUCUUUGAAACCAUGUAGACCCAGGCCUUAUUUUAUUUGUAUAGGCUUAUCUUUCUGGUAAGCUUAUUUUGAAGCACAAUUGAAAGAUAUGGAUAGAGUGGUACUAUUCAGGAUAUGGAUGAUU